UCUUUGUCUCAUUGGGUCAGAAGUGGCUGUUUGGUGAGCUUCCUUCUUUCUUCAAGAAAUCUGGUGGGUCAUUCAGUUCCGUUUUCAGCUCUGAUGACUGCAGAAAAAUGGAAGCCGUGGUCAGACUGUUGUUGCUGUUAGUAGGAGUCGCUCAGGGUAUUUUCUGCUGACAACCAAAAGGGGAAGUAAAACUCAGAUCGCUGCCUUUCUUCCUGUCAGUCUAAAAAAAGGAGUAGAGUGAACCUUCGUCUGGUCAAAGUGUUCACACCGUCACCUCCAACAGCAUCACUGAAAGGACUCACUGCAGAUUGUUCAGAGUAUAAUAUAAAUAUUUCUGGUUUCUGGAAAAGUCUGAGAAAAGCUUAAGGAGAGUCGACAGACUGAACUGUGCAGAAAUGACAUCUGUGAUCGGACUGUUGCUGAUGCUGAUCACAGUCACUGAUGGUGUGGUGACCCACUGUGAUGGCAGACAGAAUGGAGCUCAGUGUUAUGGAGCUUUGGGAGGAACUGUUUCUCUCCAGCUGAUGGACGACUUCUCAGGAAUAUAUAGAUACCAGCUGAAAGCUAAAAACGUGAAUGUACUAUCAGGAAGAAAUAAUACACCACCUGUGAUUAUAAUGAAAGACAGAUCUUCAUUUAUUCCCUCUAAUGGAACAUUUUGGAUCCAUAACCUGAGCAGGAAUGACAGUGGUGAAUAUGAACUUCAAACAUUUGAUUCAAAUGGAAAACAGACAGAAAACCGCACCCUACAGUUAUUAGUUCAAGCUCCUGUGUCCUCCAUCUCGCUGGUCUCUGAGUGUUUGUCUCAGGGAGAGAUGAAGGUGUCCUGCUCCUCUGAGGGAGGGGACAGUCCUCAGUACAGGUGGACUCUGAAUGGAAAGUCACUGACAGAAGCUGAGCUGCUUUCUGGAAACAAGCAGACAAACAUCAUCACUUUGAAACAACACGUCUCAGGACGUCUGGUCUGCUCCUCCUGGAACCACGUCAGCUCUGCUUCUAAAGAGAUAAACAUCACUAACUGUGGUUUCAUUUACAUAAACUGCACCUUUAAUGGGACGAAGAUAUCAAAGUGGGUGUUUCAGGAAAACAACACUCUGUGUGUUGAACCAACAACAGUCCCACCAACAGAGGCACAAAGCACUGUGGGUAAGGAGUCAGGGUCACUAACAACCUCUCCUUUUAACACAGCCUACAAUCAAACUGUAACUCACGGCACAGAGGAGCCUUGGUACAUUUGGCAUCUUCCCAUUCUAGCUGGUGUUCUGUCUGCUCUAUUAAUCUUCUUACUAGUUGGAAUCGCAAUGAUUUGUACCAGGAAGAAAAAACCCAUUGUAAAAGCAGAGGUAGGGGAUCAAGAGCUCAUCUACGCUGAUGUCAGGAUUGUGAAUCAGCAGAGCAAAAAACAGACGCGAAAGCCUUGUGAGGAUGUGGAUGUGGAGUACGGCCAGGUCAAGUUCAGGGAGCGACCUCAGCACAUGGACACUGCUGCAGAUGGGUGCGUUUAUGCAAUGGUCCAAAAAAGACAGGGGACCUGAGAGGCUAAAAAGAACUGCACUACUGCAGCAGAAGGAAGGAAAGCAGCAGAUGAUUUUGCCUUUGUGUGGAUGAAUUUUGUUGCUUGUAGCUUUAUGAAGCUUUUUUUUUUAAAGAUUUUUUGUGCUUUCAGAGCAAGUUAUUAUGCAGAAGAGGGACACUUUUCUGUUUAAUUAUUAGGAUGUUUUUGAUGUGUUUAUUUUUUCUAUUUUAUACAUUUAAACUUCAACUUGUCUUUAUAUUUGAAAAGCGUUUUUAAAAAGUAUUUUUAACAUAUAAAAAUAAAAAUAGAUGCAUAGGUUGCACAUAAAUUACACUCAACUUUUUGCACCUUUUUCCCUAAUUUUUAAGAAACGAUUGUCUCUUGAGAAAUCAUCCUCUAAAGUGGAGGAUUUAGCUUGUUCCUCUGACAGCUCUGGCUUUGUUUCUUUUUAAACCGAUCUUAAAAUGUUGCAACAGUAUUAGUAUUAGUUCAUUCUUAAGUAAAAAUAACCCGAACGCAUUGAGUUCAUCUAUUCUGACCCCAAAUAUAUUGACAUCAGUGAGGUCAGGAAUCUAUUGACUGAGGAGGAGAAUUACUUUUUUAAAAGACGCUGUGUUGCUCACAAACUCUUUAUAUUUUGUUAAGUAGAAGCUAGUAAGCAGAAACAAAGCUAGUCUACAAUUCUGCAGCUUUAUGUUGAAUUGAAAAAACAAUGAGCAGGCUGACUGAUGAUGGGGGGAGUGCUGUGUUUGUGAUCUUCUAUCAUCAAGUCAAGUUUUCUAUUUUAGUCUGUGCGACUUCCUUUGGAAAGUGUUUGUAUGCUGAUGAGAGAGAUUAGAUCAAGUCUAAUCAGGUUUGAAUUUGAAUUUUUUUAAAGUAAAUGAAGUACAGUUUGCAGUUUUGUGAGGAAAACAUGGUAGAUUUUUAUAUUUGUAGUUUGUGAAAAGUCAAACAAACAGAGAGCUUUGAUCUUUUUUUUAAACUAAAUGUUUUUAAAUUGACUCAUGUUUUGGGGUCAAACUAUUUUUAUUUGGUGAAUAAGAAAAUAGUGUGUUAAAAUAUGCCAUUUAUCAUUUAAAAUAUGUCAGAAAAUAUUCCCUCAGGAUUCAGAUUUUAGAAAAUAAGCUCUUUGAGUCUUUACUUCACCUCCCUGUAAUGAUCUACCUUAAAGAUUGCUGCAUCUUGUAAAACAGCAUAUAAACCAUUACAUUUUAACUCAUGAAGUGAAUAACAAAACCACAGCAUAAUCCUGGAUCUGGCUCUGACACCAGCAAAAAUAAUCAAAAUAUGUUUAAUGCUUUUUGUAGUGUGUUUUAGUAAAAGGGAGUCCCAUCAGAUUUCCUGUCUUGUUGAUAAAUUUAAACCUUCUAAGAAUUUGCUUGAACCCGUUUAAACAGAAAAACUGUUCAUUGUGCAAAUAAUUCAUUAGAAAUACAAUUUGAUGGGUUAAAGAUGAAAAUAAGAAAAUGAAAAAAUGAUUAUUCAACACUUCUGAGUCAGUUUCUGCAUCACUUUGGGGUUCUGAUACUUGUAUAAAAUGUACUCUCUAUAAUUACGGUCCUUUUGAAUGUUUACAGAUAUUUAUACUGCUAUGAUUUUUACUUAAUAUAUAUGAGACAUUUUUCUCUCUGCCUUUCUGCUAUGCAGAAUUGCAUUUUUACAGGAUUGACUCAUUUCUAAACAAAGAUUACUGAAGACGGUUGGUGUGAUAGUUUGUGGUUAAAUUUUAACAGCUAUACAGAGCAUUCAAAGCGCCAUAAAAUACAUUUAUGAUCGGCAGCUUGGUAGGAUUGUCAUGACAUAACUAGUUUUUCGGUGAUCCGGCACACGCUAGUAUUCAGUGCUUUACCUUUUUAAUAGCUUAGAUACUUUUUUUGUGUGUACUUGUGUUUUACAUUUUGUGUGAGAGGCUGAAAAUCCUGAGAGGCAGUUGCACCCUGACAAGGCUGAGUUGCAAUCAAACCUUCAUUCUUGACUGUUAAAGCCAGGUGAUAUCAAAUGCUGUGAUGCAUUUCAUUUGGCUUAUUUUACUCUGUAAAGCAUCAAUUCAAUAAAAAAUUUUUUUUUAAAACCG